GCAAAAGUCGCUGAAAUAAAGACCUGAGUUCAAACUCCACAAGAAGCGGCGGACGAGUGAAGUCAAGAUGAAUAUGAAUAUGAAUACGGUCGGAGUAAAAGUCGCUGGCUUGCGAUCCGAGUGUCGCGCCUUCUUCCCGUUGGCCGCACCCUGGUUGCAGCCAUGUCCUGCGCGACGCGCGACGAGUCAUUCGUCGAACUGUCGCACAGACGCAGCGGCGGCGCACGUGUGCGGCGGCGGAACUCCUCGUUCAACUAAUCGCAAUCGUCCGCCCCACUGCACUCCUCGUUCAACUCAUCGCAAUCGUCCGCCCCACUGCAAUCCCGAUUGCAAUUCAAGUGUCUGUACCUGGUCCUGUUCCAGGCUACAUUCGACAGGCGGUAACAGUGCAUUGGUGGCGCGUCCAUUGCGCGACAGUGGUUUGGUGGCGGCGGCGGUAGGAGCAGGAGGAGGGCGCGCGAGAAAGGAGAGCGAUCGGAGCUGUUGGUCGGAGAGGUGCCACGUGGCAGCAGCAGCGCAGUGCGGCGCAGGGGCUGCGCCUUUUUUGUUGGAGUCGCGUAAUAAUUCGUCGGAUCUCUCCGCACGUGAUUGGCGGCCUGGCGCGGGGGCUGGUGUUGGCCGCCGAGCUGGAGUUAGAGGGGUAUCUGUACAGGUGUUGGCAUUGGGUUUAGGGUUGUCUGGUGAGGGGCUCGAUCUGUCGUCGGCAUCAUCGGUGGCGGAUCGUCGAGGGGUGGGGGCGGGGGAUCAUCGUUGGGUAGAUUGGGACCACCAUUCGUUCAAGCUGGCAUCGAUAACCGGCGCUCUGCAGCUGCCAGCGUGGCUAGCGCGGGUUGGGGUCUCAGCGCUGUUCAAUUGUGCGCUCGCGCGGCGGAAGCCCGGGGGGGGGGAGGGGGAGGGGGAGUCGGGCGCGGCGGUUUCGCUGAGCACCAGCCGCGUCAUCGCACCCUCCUCGUCUGACGGCUUCGCCUACGUGCGCUUGCCAGGUGGACCGAGAGCGGUUGGGGGAUCGAUCCCAGGGACUGCAAGAAGGAGAUCACCGGCGGCGGCGAUGGCGGGAGCUGCUGGACAAGGUGCGGAGAAGAAGGCACUUGUGCCCAUUGGAAAUGGAACAGAGGAAAUGGAGGCUGUAAUCCUUAUCGAUAUUCUUCGAAGAGCAGGGGCUGAUGUCACAGUGGGAUCUGUGGAGACUACAAAACAGGUGCUUGCUUCGCGGAGUGUGAAACUGGUAGCGGAUGUGCUGAUUGAAGAUUGUGCAAGGCAGAAGUUUGAUGUAAUUGUCUUGCCGGUGAGUGCAUGAUCGCUCAAGCAUAUGAUGAC